CGGUCGUCCCGCAGUGACCAAUGUAACACCUACCAGCUGCAACGUCCAGUGGACGCCGAUUCUUGAAGAUCGUGAGAGUAGCAUGUUCGGCAAAGUAGUGGACUACAUUGUGAGAGCGGAGCCACAGGUGGACAAAUUUGAGGAGAAUUGUCGCUUGUUGCCAGAACGUUUUGCUAUGCGGUCGUUGUGGAACGGGAAAACACAGAGGUGCGAGCCGGUGUGCGACUUCAGGAUUGACAACCUUUUGCCAGGCAUGCCGUACAGAUUUACGGUCAUACCAAGGCAUAAAGAACUAGUGGCGACUGGUGCCGCGGGUGGAGGAGGAGCGGGUACUCAACUUAGUUUUCGUCCUCACUUUUUUUAGCACUCCAAGUCCGAACCUUAAAAUCGAGAUCAUUUCGAUUUUGUACUUGUAGUACGUUGUUCUCCUUGAUGAGCUUCUUCUUGUUCCACAUCCACAUCAAUGAUUAGCUCCUCGAUUCUUGUGUACUAGAAGUGGGCAAAGAAAUCUAUCCACCCUGCUACUGCUUCUUCAUCAGGUCCCGCCAACGAGAAUAGUCUCCUCGUCUUAUCGCAUUUGAAAGGCGCUGCUGGCGACCUUGAUGCUGGUUCGUCGCAACAGCAGUCUCAGCAACAAAGUUCUGUAGCAAAGGGUGCUGCAGUGGCGCGUCGUGCAUUUGGUGGCGUCAAAGAGGCCGUUUUUGGCAACGUUGGCGGUACAGAAUCG